UGGACCUCCCCAGCCUGGAUGAAGACCAGCGAGUCCUUCGUGGGGAAGGGCACGCUGAAGGGGCAGGCGGGGGACAAGUACCACAAGACCUGGGCCAACUACUUUGUACGGUUCCUGGACGAAUACGCCAAACACAACCUGACCUUCUGGGCGGUGACGGCGGAGAACGAGCCCUCGGCCAGGCCGAACACCAGCUACCAGUUCCCCACCAUCGCCUUCACCCCCGCGCAACAGCGGGACUUUGUCGUCCGCGACCUGGGCCCCGCGCUGGCCCGCAGCCCCCACCGCACCCGGCUCAUCAUCCUGGACGACCAGCGCAUCCACCUCCCGCACUGGGCCAAAGUGGUCCUGGAGGAUGAAGAGGCAGCUCGCUACGUCCACGGCAUUGGCAUCCACUGGUACCUGGACUUCAUUGGUCCCAUAAAGGACACAGUGGUGCCCACUCACGAGCUCUUUCCCGACUACUUCAUCCUGGCCACGGAGGCGUGCAUCGGGGCCCAUUUCUGGGAGAGGGACGUGAUCCUGGGCUGCUGGGAGCGGGGGAACCAGUACAGCCACAGCAUCCUGACGAACCUGAACCACUUUGUGGCCGGCUGGACCGACUGGAACCUGGCCUUGGACCUGGAGGGGGGCCCCAACUGGGUCAAGAACUACGUGGACAGCCCUGUCAUCGUGGACACCAGCGAAGGCAUCUUCUACAAGCAGCCCAUGUUCUACCACAUGGGGCACUUCAGUAAGUUCAUCCCCGAGGGCUCCCAGCGCGUGGG